CCGCUCCGGCCUCUGCAGUGCCGCCCGUGAGAGGGGGAGUGGGAAAGGGAUAAGAGAGAGAGAGAGAGAGCGCUGAGCGGCCGCACUGCUGUGUCGUCGCGUGUGAGAGACGGGAGCGAAGCAACAAACCGCGCUCGGGUGAAGAAGCUCAGAUGCUUACAAAAUGACAGAAAAUAUCAGAAAUUUGGAGGAUGAAACUUUUCCAAGCUUUCUGUUGCAGUCUGUAGGGAGCAAUAUCAGUCCAAUACUAGAAAAUGUGUCUCUUCACUCGAAUCUUGGACUGCCCAUUGCUGCAUCAACAGUUGCUAGAACUAAAUCUGGCCCAGACGACAGAAUUCCAGAUGCUCAAGCUUCAUACCUGGAAGAAGGAAGAUUGUCCACGGGGCAGAUUCUUCCAUCUAACGUUUCUAAUUCAGAAACCUGUAAAAAAUUUGCCCUUAGUUUUAAGGAUGAACUAGAUGGUGAUGACUUUGGUGCUCACUGUGUUUCUGACAUGAUUUUGAAAAUGAACAUAGAAGAAUCUGGUUCACCUCCCUCAGAAGAAAGUGCACAACACGAAUCAUUAAGACAAAACAAAAAAAAGGGCUCACUUGGAUUGUCUGAAAAUCUGGAUGAUUUUUCUUCUGGGUUGAAUACUUUUCCAAUAGAAUCAGGAAAUCAAAAUAAUAAGAUUGGCUUCACCAAGGAACCUGCGGCAUGCCCUGCUGAAAAUGUAACCAACAAGAAUUUGAGCGCAAAACCCCCAAAUGAAAGCCUGACUAGUUUAUUAGAAGAUGAAAAACUGUUGUCACUGGCGAGUUUGGAAGACGAUUCUACAGAUGAUGACCUUGAUGCAGAGGAGCUUUAUGAUGAUAGACUGGAAUCUUACUUCAAACAGCUAGUACCUCCGGGAAUGCAGAGGGGUCAUAUUGAAGGGGAAGAACUCCCUGAAGACAACACCGCACAGGAUCAUGCCAACUUUCAGAUGCCUCCAGUUCGACUUGCAGCCACUGGAAUGGAUUCUGCUCCAACCAGUGGUGAGAAUACAGAAGAUGAAUUGGAAGCUGUCCAAAACCAGGGUCCCUCUUACAGACAAUUUGUGUCAAGUGCAACAAGACAAUUGCUUGGUGAGAGAAGCAGCUUCAGGCCUUGGUUGGAAGGUGGGAGCUCUGAUGAAUCCACUGAAGCAGAAGAUGAAAACAACGGACUUGAAUUUCGAAGAUCGGCAGAGGGUCAAGUCAUUAAUUCGCCUGUUGUAGGUGAUGGAGGUGGUGCAGGGGAUGGUAGUAGUGGAAGUGAAGACGAUGGAAAUGGUGGUGGUGUGGCAACUGUUCCUUCCGGUUCUACAACAUAUGAUGAUCCUUGGGGCCUUGGAAUAGCGGGAAGAAAUGUAGCCGGAGAAGAAGACGACAACAAUACCUCAACUAUCCUUUCCAGUGCUCACGAUGAUUUGCAAAGCCCUGGAAUAGGAGGUAGAAAUGUAGCUGGAGAAGACCAAGGACCCAAUCCACUUCCAUUACAAGGGAGCAAAGAGUUGCUUCAUGGUCAAAAUGAGACAGGGAGCCGUUUAGGUCCAGUAGGGAAUGGAGAAGUCAGUGAAUUUAUUUCUGGCACUGUUGUAUCAAUGUCAACCACUCAUCGUCAGGAAGUUUUAGAUGCAAUGGAUAGUCGUGGGCUUGAGGAAAUGAAGCUAGAUUCUGUGUACUUUGGCCCUGCCAGCGGCAAUAUUACAACUGACCAAUUAGUUUCUGUUCAAGAUAGCCCUUUUCAAUUUUCUCAGCUUGCCUGUUCACCAAGCGAUGGUGAUAACUUGGGACUUAGAGAUGGACCUUGUGGAUAUGCAACAGUAGGUCAAACAUCUGUUAAAGAGAACAGAGAUGAUGCUGAUCCAACCCCAAAUUCCACUUUAGAUGCACCCCUCGCUGCUACUUAUUUAUCACCUAUACAUCCUGAGGAAAGUGCAACUGAUAUCUGGCAGUUUGAGCGGAAUACUGAUUGGAACUCUGGGUGCUUUCACCAGGAAAAUGGAGGCAAAGAAGAGAGUUGUCCUGAUGUGGUUUACCAAAACGAAGAAGGGAGUUGGGUAACAGACCUGGCUUACUACUAUUCCCUGGAUAAAGAACAGGAGCAAUUUAAUCUGCCUUCUGAUGUAGCCCAACAGAUUCCAGAAGAGGAGUUUAUAGCUGGCAAUCAAGCAGUUGCAUUGCUUAAAGAAGAUCAGGAAAUAUUUGAGCAGGAACACAAGUUUAUUCAGGAAGAUAAGAUGGACGUGGAUGCUGAUUUUCAUGGAGAUAAUUCAUGGCAGCUUCCAUCCAAUAAGUGCUCAAUAUUGAGAGCAUCGCAAACAGCAUCAGGCUGUAUGCAAGGUAAUGAGAGUUACUUGCGUCUGUCCCUGGGAGAAUUUUUUGGUCAAAGAUCAGAAGCUCUUGGAUGCCUUGGUGAAGAAUGCAGUGGAAUAAAACGGCCUUCAUUUGGAUAUGCCAUAACAUCGCCAGAGAAGCGAACUCCUGUUGCUUUGAUUCUUCCUGGAAGCAUGUCACGUACCCUUACUGACCAGGAUGAAAUGGACUUGCUUUGUGGAGAUGAAAACCUGUCUUCAGAUGACUUAGAGUGUACAUAUCAAGAAACUCCUACAGAAGCAUCUCCUACAUUUGUGAUUGAUGAAGAAAUUGAAAGUGGAAAACUGGGAACUAGCAUGGUCCAAAGUUCAAAUGGACAUGGGCAUGAUUUUGAUGACAGAAAGAACUUGGAGCUUCAAAGUUCAAUCACAUCGUCUAGCAGUGUCCCAAAUACUACAGAGAACUCUAUACCCGAUGGCUCCGAUUCAGUUUUAAGUAUAAGUACCAUCGCUUCAGCCAUUGCAGAUGCCUCAGUCAGUGCAGAUCCUGCUCAGUUGGCUGCUAUGAUUUUGGAGCUCUCUCAUAAAAAUAGGAGAAAAUUUGGGGCUGCUCCAGUCAGCAAGAAAUCAAGCCUACAUCCAAAGGACCAGCAAAGCAACAUAAACAGUGAAUCGACUACAGUUUUGGACAAAAAUCUUCAAAAGUCUGGAGUCAGCAUUCUUGAGAACAGGACUUUGAAAUCGGAUAUUAAGUUGUGCAGAUGGGUUCCUGCUUGCAGUUCUGAGCUUGCAGAUGAUUCAGAAUCUAAAAAUCAACACUGUACAUCAAAUUCAAUUUCAGGAGAAUCUGUCUUAAGUAACAGUAGUAGGCUGGAAACCAAGCAAAAUAUACCUGUGUUAACUUCAAAAGCAGAUUUGAGGCAAUCUGGUUCAGCUGACAUAAGAGGUGUGGCUCAAUCAAUUGAAAUGGGUCAAUCAGCUCAGCUAGCCAAGGACAAGAUGAGUUUGCACAAUCAGAAUAGCUGUGCAAGUGAAACUGUUGUGGAUGUGACUAGCAAAUUUUAUCCUUGCCCCAAAUCAGCUAUCAGUAAUGAUUCCAAUGCAAAGAGAGCAGUUGAUGAACGGAGUCCAGAUAAAACCCAUAGAAAGCCGAACUUGUAUAGUGUUACCACCAAACUCGAGAAAGAAGAAAAGUCUAUUUUAACUCUGCCUACUACACACGUAACCCAUCUGCUUGGAAAUGAAGUGCUUUCAGAUGAGGCUGAACCUAAAAUACAAACUGAACAUAGAAAAAUACGAAACUCUAGUGAGGGCAAAUCUUGGUCACCCCCAGAAACAUCACAUGGUUUCACAUUGCUUGAUAAAAGAAAGUCCAGAGAUGAACAGAAAAGCACCAGGGGCUUUGCUGUUUCUUCUGGACAGUUCACUGUUAACAAUACAGCAUCUAGAACAUCAGAUUUCAAUUCUCCAAACGUUCAUAAUGUACCACCAGAACCAAGAACAAUACCACCAACAAAUAAGAGUGCAUGUAAAAAUGGCAAAGAAAUGUGUUUGACUCCAGAAUCACCUUGUUUACGAUUACACCGUCAAGAUGGAAUCAGCUUUGAGAAGGCAGAUAGUGUUGCAGCUGCAUCAACAAGUGAUGAAAUGUACAAUCAAACAAAAGAUGAACAGCUAAAUUUCCGACCAUCAACCUCUCCACUGACUCAUUCUUCACCAAGCCGAGGAACAACCAAAAAGAUUCUCGCCAGUAUUGAUUCUCCAAAUGCCAGUUUAACUCAUCUGCAAGCAGUCAACAAAUCAUCUCUGACUGGUAGUCUAAAUCUUAGCAGACUGAGUUAUAUCUCUGCUGUGGAUGGGACCCUUCAGAAUAACACAGCUGUUGGCAGCCUUAAGAAUGACAGCACCAUUGAGUUGAGUACCACAAUUAUUCAAUCAAGUCCCACUCCAACACCAGACCAAACAAUGGUUAACUCGAGCACAAGUGAAUUGGUUCCAGGAUCACUGGAAGAAUGUAAAGAAGCUGCUCAUGUUCAGAGCUGCCAAUCAACAUGGUCAGGUGGUGUUGAACUGCAAAGCCAUGAGUCCAAAGGUCUGGAGGAUAAACGUGAAGAUAGUUCACAUAAUUCUAACCAGGCAUUUUCUUCACUGUCUGACAAAGCUAAAACAGCUCCAUUCAAUGUCGGGCAACAAGAUGCUGUUCAUGCUGUUACAUCGAGCAUCCAACUGCAUUACAAGAAUCCUCUGAACCCAAAAUGGGUCAGCAGUGCACCUUGUCUGGAUUAUAUGAACAGAAUGCACAAUAUGAAUUCCUUAAAUGUGGUCUCUACUGCAAGCCAUGGAUUGAGUGGUUUUCCAUUAGCAAAUAGCGAUGGUAAAUAUUUACCCAUUUCAUGCUUUAAACCUCAUGCAGCUCGUUUGGAUGUACCCUCAGUGCCAACAUUACUUACUGGACAAUCACUCUUAACAACUCCCCUGGCCCAGCAGUAUCUGGGAACUCUGACCUCCACCACUAAUUGUCUAAAUAUACCUUUGACUUCAUGCUACAUGGGAAAUUCUUUGGCAUCUAAUGUGUACAGUCUUACAGCCGGUUUGCCUGGUCCUAAUGUGUUAAUGAGCAAUAUUCAAGGAUUUGGGUCUCGUGUUGAUCCUAAGCUAGGGGCAGGAGCAAUCGAUCCAGCUCAGUUGUAUAGUGUACAGUCAGCACCGUUGGACCAAAAUUUCAAAGCUUCAUCUUUCAACUGCCAACUUCCUAGAACGGGCAUUUGUGAUCAGUGGUCAGGCGGAUCUCAACUAGGAGGAAUUGGUCACGUGAUAGUUCCUGAAGAGCUAAGAUUUCCAAAUUCGUGCUGUGUUGGAAUAGCAACACAAACCUCGCUCAGUGUUUUCAACCCAACUGAUCGUUGGAUGCAGAUCUCAAUCGGAAUUACUAGUGUUGCUCUGAAUGGAGCAAAGGUGGACACAUUUGCACAUCAGUGUUGGAUAUUCAAAAAUAAAACUAUCAUUGGUCCCCACGCGACUGAAGAUUUAAAAUUGCUAUUCCUUCCACGUCAAUCAGGAAUUUUCCAGUGUGUACUAAGUAUUUCCUCAUGGCCAGUCUCGGCAGAUGCAAGUACAAUAGCCAGAGCAGAAGCAUUGGCUCAGAGGGUGAUUGUGACAGCUGUGGCAGAAGAUCCAUCAAUUGAGGUAGAGUCUGGAAAAGGAUGCUUGGAUUUUGGUGACGUGAUAUCUGGUGGUGCCAAAGCACUCCCUCUGCAGCUGACCAAUAGAACACGUGCAACUGUUCCAAUCCGGCUUAACAUCAAUGCAAAUGCUGCUGUCUGGCAACGUUUUACAUUUUCAAAAUCUGACAUAUUGACAGAAAAUCCUCUUUCGGGUGGAAGAAUUGUUCCAUCGGCUAGCCCAUCGUUUAUGAAUCAUGUAAUGCAUGCCAGCUAUGAUGGAGAGGAUCCAGAAACUUUCAUGGUAUGGAUUCAUUUUCAUGCACCACAAAAACUUAUCACGAGUACAGAUCCUUUAGGUCCAGCGGAUGUCUAUUUGGCAAGAAUUGAUGUAGAAGUUGAUAGUCCUGGUCCCACCAGUGUCAUUAGCAGCAUAUCGCUCUAUGCUAGAGUUGGUAUUGUCAGAAUACAUGCUCCUAAAGACCUCCAGACUCUCCCAAUGCUUGCCAAAAUUGGCACAACAGUGAAACAAAUUCUACCACUAAAAAAUGCAGGAAAUAUUGUUGCAGAGCUGAAGAUUCAGACCGACGAGUCGAGCUGUUUUGCAGUAAAGCCAGAAAGUGUGUCCAUUCAGCCUGGAAAAGAUGUUAAAGUUACCAUUUCAUUUACUCCAAGGGACACCAAAAGUGAGAUACAAAGUCUUCUGACUAUCCUGGUCCAGCCAUCGGGUCCCCAGUAUGAAAUGGUUUUGAAAGGAAUGCUUGACAGAACUCAAUCAAACUCAAACACAUCUUCUAACCCCUCAGUUAAUAUACCUCCAAUUUUGUCCAACAAACAAUUUAUAUCCUGGGGAGGAGUUUGUCUUGGAAGAGCAGUUCAACAGAAGUUUACCCUCAGAAAUAAUUCAACCUCUGUGACCCAUCAGUUGCGCCUGUUGAUACGGGGUCAAGACCAAGACUGCUUUCAACUCCAGAGCACAUUUGGGCCUGAAGAGAGGCUGAGCAGUAAUCGAGAACUGACCAUUCGCCCAAAAGAAGACAUCUGUGUGCGUGUUCUGUUUGCACCAACACGGGUUGCAUGCAUGGUGGCCAAACUUGAAAUCAAGCAGUCUGGUUUACGUUCAACACACCCAGGAGUGAAGUUCACAAUUCCACUUUCAGGUUAUGGAGGAACAAGCAACAUUAUAUUGGAGGAUACUAAUAAGUUGUCAGACAGUUAUGUGAUUACCUUAAAUGAUAUUGCUCCAAACAAGAUUAGCACAAUUGCUUUCAGCAUGAGAAACACUGGCUCUCGGGCUGCCUUCGUAAAGGCAGUUUGUUUCACGGAUUUGCAGACAAAGACUUUAAUGGAUCCAAAAGUAAUAAAGAUUUCUCCAGACCAGUUCGUCCUAAAGGAAAGGACUAGAGAGACAGUUACAGUCAUCUACCACCCUAUUCAUUGUGUAGCUGGGUCAUCGUUGCUCUGUGUUGUCUGCUUUUUUAACGGAGACGAGGUGUCACGACAACUGUUACGAAGAACACUUUAUCAGAAUCAUUACGGAAAGCAACAGAUACUCUCAGACAACCGUGUGCUUCAAAAUCUCAAUUUCGAUGAAAGUUUUAUUGGAGAAGAGCUUGUAUCUGAAGUUUAUGAUUUACCACAGAGGCCAAAUGACAUCCGGAUAUUCAAUGACAACUUGAGCAAAGUGACUCUUUCAAUUAUUGGAAAUGCAGAAUUUGACGAUGUUGACGAUGGAGAGACUUUGGAAUCCAAUUCUUCUAAUGAAAUUGCCGAAUCACUCAGUGUACUUGGAGCUAAUAUAAGUGGAGGCUUAGAAAGGAAAAUGUCGAAUAUAUCAUUGGAUGUUCUACCAGUGAGAGGACCACAGGGCUGUCCAAUAUCCGUCAGUGCUUCUGAUCGAGUGCAAAAUCUGCCCUCCAACUCUGAAUCGCAUUCCUGGACAAUUCAACCUGAACAUUUGAUUCUUACUGUUCCAUCAUCUGAUGGAUUGGCACAGACCGGACGGGUGCAGAUUAAAAACCACUCCACUAGAUCAUUGUCUUUUGAACUCUCCUGGCCAGCACAUUCAUUAACUGUGACCCCACAACAAGGAGUUAUUGAUCCACAGAGCCACUUAAUGAUUCUUGUGAGUCCAAAUCCUUCUCUUGCUGCAAAACGUUCUACUGUCCCAUGGAGCGGACAGAUUUAUGUGCACUGCGACAACAUGCAUCAGUUAAUCAAAGUACAAAUUCGAGAAGAUAUUAUGAUGGACACUUCUCCAGGUAAAGCAAGCCCAAAUGUAGCAUUGGACGUGGAACCUGUGACGCCUAUCCACCAUGUGGGACAGCCUCUACCAAAGCCUUCUCCAACCAGAGUGCAAGUAAAAAGCAAAACGAUACGCUUUCCUUCAACAUCAGUUGGGUUAAACUCAGAAUCAUUUUUGGAAAUCAUUAAUCCUGGAGAAGGAGCAGCAAAAUGGUUUUUGUCUUCCUUCGCACCUCCGUAUGUCAAGUGGGUGGAUGACACUGGGGAUGUUUAUCGAGCAACCUAUACAGCAUUCAGAUGUUCUAGAGUAUCUGGAACAUUACAGGCACAUUGUACAGAUAAGGUGCCAGUUGUCUUCAUGCCGCGAGAUAAGGGAGAAUAUGCUCAGUUCUGGGACCUAGAAUGCCGAGUUGCUGCAGAACCACAUAUGAAACAUAAGAUUCAAUUUCAGCUCCGUGGAGAGGGGAAAAGAACUAAAAGGAGCUCCCAGGAAGCUGAUUCAAUCACAAACCUUGUGAAAACUGAAUUAAAAGUGAAAAACAGAAAACCUGGAUCAGAAAAAUAUUCCAUUGUUGGGCCGGGCAGGCCAGCUCGAGAAGGUGUAACUGCUCCUCAAAAUGUAUACGUGUUCCCUGAAACCAGAGUUGGGGAAUCGAGUGCGUUAAAGGUUCAUUUGCGCAAUUUUUCCUCUACCGCACACAUGCUGAAGUUUGUAAAUCCCAGAGAGCCAUUUUACAUCAAGCAUUCCAAAUAUUCAUUGCGGGCUCAACACUUCAUCAAUCUGCCGGUCCAGUUCAAACCAGUGGCGGAGGGCAGAAGCGAAGCCCUUCUAAUUGUAAAAACAGAUACUUGUGGAAGUGUUCCCAUUCGACUCAUUGGUGAAGCUGUUGGAGAAGAGUGUACCACACUAACUGACUUGUCAAAUGAAGUGCCUGACUGAAUUUAACUAAUUUAAACUGAAGAGAAUUAUUUUCAUUCUGGAAGUCCCACGUUGUCAGAAAUCUUACACUAAAGAUUUGAAAAUGCACCUUUCCUUUUGUAAGCCUAUUUUAGAAUUACAUAUUUUGUAAAUUAAGAUAUUUAUAUGUAUUGGUGCCAUUUGGAUUAGCAUCAGCAGAGGAAAGUAUUAAUGUAGCCAUUUGUAUUAUGUGAAAUUAAGUCUAUAAGAUUAUGUCAGGAAACUACACCUAAUAUCCUUUCGUAUUGUAUCUAACUUGAUCAGCUUUAUAUUUUUGUGGCUAUUUUGUGUACAUUUUGUUUAUGAUGUAUAUUUAAACUAUUGAAAUAAAGUUAGGAAAUAAACCCA